AUGGUUCGCCGAACACUUGAACAAACGCAAGCUCAGCAGCCUCAGCCCCAGCCCCAGCCCCCACGGCCUCGUCAGGGUCGCAUUCCGGCGGCCUUACAGUCCGUUUUCUUGGCGUCUAACCGAGGAAAGACGGUGGAUCGCCCUCCUCCGGGCAAAGUUGCCUACAAGGUAUUCUUUCGCAAGAUAUUCUUCCAAAAGAAGCCGGAAGCGGAAAAGAAUAGCGGCUACAAGAAUGGCUACAAGAAGUGGAACAAGAAAGGCAACAAAAACAGCGGCAAAUUCGUCAAGAACAACUUUUACAAAAAUAACAACAACAACAACAAGCAAUCACGCUUCUCGGCACCUCCGCAGAGCGUCGACAAGUCGAGUAAGAUUUUGUCCAGCACGUCGAUUAGUUUUGGAAAGGCUAGUAACGCCAAAAGCAAACCAACUCCGUCAACUCGUGCAGCAGCUGUGAUUGAAGAAAAGCAGGCUAUUUCGCCCCAAUCCUACUUGGAUGAUAUGAUCGCGGCACGCGGUUACUCCACGGAAAAGUUUAAAACCUUGCAAACGGCCUACUAUAACAAGCCCACUGCGUUGCAGCAAGCUUCCUACGACGUCUACCUCAUUGAUCUCGUCAAGAAAAACGGAGUGGAAACCCUUCGGAAUAUCUUCAAGUCCGGUGUUUCGCCCAACCCCUGUAACACUUUUGGGGAAAGUCUCUUGCACAUGAUCUGCCGUCGCGGUGACGUCGAUUUGUUAAAGGUACUUUUGGAGUGCGGUACCAACCUGCAGGUGGCCGAUGAUUACGGCCGAACGCCGCUACACGACGCUUGCUGGGCGGCGAAACCGGCCUUUGCGGUUGUCGACUUGAUCCUCGAACGCGAUCCUCGUUUGCUGUACAUGUCCGACUGUCGAGGCGCCUUGCCGCUCUCUUACGUGCGCAAGGAACACUGGUGUGAGUGGGUCCCGUACCUUGAGGCGAGGAAGCACACGUAUUGGCCGGUGCUGACCAACAACACCGACACGGAUAGUCAAGUUAAGGCAGAAGCACCCCCGCUGCUGUGCACACAAGGAGCCAAUACCCGACCGUUGCGCGACCCCAAGGACGCUUUGACUUGCGAAAUGGCCAAAAUGGUAGUUUCCGGUAAGAUGCAACCGGACGAAGCUCAGUUUUUGCAAUACGAUGUGACCGAUGAAGACGACGAGUCUCGUUCUAGUAGCGAGGCGGAGGAAGACGCCGAAGAAUCUGGUGACGAGAGCGGUAGUGAUGAAGGAAUUGGCAGUGGUACUGAGAGCGACAGCGAUGAUGACAGCGAGUACGAUAGUGAAGACGAUGCGAGCGAUUUCAGCUUGGACGAAGACGAGAUGGCAAGUAUUCUGAAUACAUUGGCACCCCGGGCAGCGUCAGUCGAGAAACAGUAG